UCCAAUUUCCACUUGCCUUUUCCCUUUACCUACAUCAGCCGGGGCUGCCCAGGGAGCCUGGCUAAAAGCAGAGCCAUGCAGCGGGGAAAGCAGUGGGGAUCUGGCCAUGGCGACAGCGUGGGUCCUGGUGCUGGUGACCUUGCUGCUGGGCUUGACUGGAGCGGGCUCUGUCCCUACUUCCAAACCCACCUCAACCAGGAGGGGCUGCCUCAUGAGCAGGUUCCAGUCUCUGUCACCGAGCGAGCUGAAAGCCAUCAGGAAGGCCAAGGAUGCCCUAGAAAAUGCGCUCUCGCUGAAGAACCGGAGCUGCAGCUCUUGCCUCUUCCCUCAGGCCAGGGACCUGAGAGUGCUGCAGGUCUGGGAGCGCCCCGUGGCCUUGGAGGCUGAGCUAGCCUUGACGCUGAAGGUCCUGGGGGCCAUGGCUGACUCGUCCCUGGGGGUCGUCCUGGACCAGCCCCUCCGCCUGCUGCGCCACGUGCACUCGGAGCUCCAGGCUUGUGUCCCAGCUCUGCCCACAGCAGGACCCAGAGCCCGGGGCCUCCUCCACCACUGGCUGCACCGGCUCCAGAAGGCCCCAAAGGAGUCCCAGGGCUGCCUCGAGGCCUCCGUCACGUUCAACCUCCUCCGCCUCCUCACAUGGGACCUGAAAUGUGUUGCCAGCGGAGACAUGUGUGCCUAAGAACCCAGGCCCCCACGCUCAGCCCGCCUGGGACCCGGACCUUUCCUAGGCACAAAGCCUCACCCCUGCCUUAAGUUAUUUCCUCUCAACCCCUUAUUUAUGCAGCCCUGAUCCAUACUCAUGAGAUGUUUAUUUUUCUACUUUUGUACAACGUGCUGCAAAUAAACAGGAAUGGGGGGAAAAAAUAAAGCGCCACUACUCCGGAGACUGAGAAAACAGAGGAACGCGUCAAACAACAGCGCGGCUGCAAUCAGCAGAAUGCAGGCUCGGGCAAGCUCGGAAGGACUAGAAAUCCAGCUUAACAAAAACAUCUCAAGGAGAAAAAAAAUGAGGAAGAUGGUGUCCCUACACUCUACAAGGACAGCCUUCAGGGUAAACGUGAUUUAAAGAUCUAUCCACCAUUGCGAUGUGGAGACCUUAUUUGAGCCCUGAUAUGGUUUCUAAAACAUGGAUUUCUAGGACAACUGGAUUUCAGAACUCUGAUUGCAUACCGAUACGGUGCACUGAAAGUCCUUGUCUUGGGGAGUCAGGCUCAGUCAGAAGAGCAUGGUGAUUCUUGAUAAGGGUCGUGAGUUCAAGCCCUGCGUUGGAUG